AGUCUCAAAACCUCAUCGAACAGUCUCACCUACGGCAGCCUACAUGAGAAUCUUCGACCCAAACUGCGACAAUAUCCAGCGACUUUAAGCUCUCUCUUGAUUACUACCAGAAAGUAUUAUCUUGCUAUGGGCAUGGCUCGCCGCAGGGACUCUCGCUCACCAUCGCCAGCAGGUAGCCAACACUCCUCCAAACGUGCUAGGAGGGACGACGAUGUCAGACACGAUCGCAGAGAUGAUAUGCGAGGACCACCUCGCCGCCGCUCCAGGAGCUUGGAUCGUCGGCACCGUGAUCGAGAUGGCCCCCGCCGAAGAGAUCGGUCUGUAGACCGUAGAGACGACGACUACUACAGAUCAGGAAGACGCGACGAUCGCAGAUAUGCCGACCGAGAACGAUCUCCGGACAGACGGCGACGAAGAAGUCGGGAGCGAGAUUAUCGAGACAGGCGAGACGAUUCUUAUGAUAGGGCACGGAGGCGCCGCGAGGACUCUACUGAUUCAUGGUCCCGUAGCAGCAGAGGAGAUGAUACUCGUGGAAAACCUCCAAGCAGGACUGAACCUACAAAGAAGCCCGAUGUCCGUAUAUAUACUCCCCCGCAAGCAUAUCAGGACUCUAACGUUUAUCUGCAGGCACCAAAAGUCCCCGCUCCUCCAACGCAGAGCGAGGCUGAUAAAAAGGCCGAGCGGCUGGCAAAAUUGGAGGCAUGGAAGAAGAAGAUGGCAGAGGACAAGGAGCGUAAGGAGAAAGAGCUCGCCGCAGGAGGUACACGAAAGCUUCUGGAUGAUAUAGAUCAAAAGGCCAAUGGUCCCGCCGAUAUUGCAUCUCCAGCAUCUCCAGCAACUCCAAACAGAGUUACCUCACCAACUCCGUAUGCGGGAAAAUUCGACCCCAAAGCGAUCGCUAAAAAAGCGGUGGCAAGCUCAAGUAGCACUCUGGGAAAGGAUUUGCCAUUGAAAGGAUCAACUAAAGCGUCCGCUACCUUAAAUUCUUCGGUCAAAGGAUUACAAGCUGACAAAAAGCCUACAGCUUUCAACAGCAGUUCCAGUGCAUCAGCGUUGCCUAAAGCCCGAGCGAAUCUUAGUGCAUUUGGAUUGAGCACCAAAUCUGACAGCGAUAAAGCAACUUCGAAACGGACCUUGGACUUGGGAGAGGAUGAAGAGGGAAGAAAAAAACUUGAGAAGCUACCGACCCUACCUAUGGCAAACACCGAAAAUGAGGAUGCUGCGCUCGCUAACGGUGCUGAAGAGGAAGACGACGAAGACGUUGAUAUGGAAGCCGGAACCGAAGAGGAAGCCGCCGCCGCUGCCCGAGCGGCUGCCGAAAAACGAGAAGAGCGACUUCAGGAACAGCAGGAGCAGAAUAUGGCCGCCAGCGAUACCCCCAUGGAGGAUGUUCCACCCCCAGUGGAACAAUCUGCUAUUCAAGUGGAUAAUGAAGAAAUCGACCCGCUGGAUGCUUUCAUGGACGAGAUGGGAGACCCUUUUGCCGCCCCAAAAGUCACCGGCAUGUUUACUAAGAAGCAGAGCAAGAGCCGACAACAAGAGCCAGAGGCGUUGUUUGGGGACGACGAUGUCGACCUUAAGACCAUGGAUGCCGAUCCUGAAGACAUACUUGCUAUGGCUAGUAAAGUGAGGAAAAAGAAGGAUUUGCCUACGAUUAACUAUGCCAACAUGGAUCUCGAACCUUUCCGAAAGAACUUCUAUUCAGAGCCAGCGGAGCUAUCCGAGAUGACAGAGGAUGAGCUAGCGGAUCUACGCCUCGAGCUUGAUGGUAUCAAGGUGUCCGGCAAAGACGUUCCAAAACCUGUACAGAAGUGGUCACAUUGCGGGCUGAACAUCCAGUCAUUAGAGGUGAUCCGUAAGCUUGGGUAUGAAAGACCCACCGCAAUCCAGAUGCAAGCCAUACCAGCAAUUAUGUCCGGUAGGGAUGUUAUCGGUGUUGCGAAGACAGGUUCUGGAAAGACUAUCGCCUUUUUGCUCCCUAUGUUUCGUCACAUUCGAGAUCAGCGACCUUUGGAAGGCUCUGAUGGUCCCGUAGGCUUAAUCAUGACGCCCACCCGAGAGCUUGCCACCCAAAUCCACAAGGAAUGUAAACCUUUCUUGAAAGCGAUGGGCCUGCGAGCUGUCUGCGCUUAUGGUGGGGCUCCUAUUAAAGACCAAAUUGCUGAUUUGAAGAGAGGAGCUGAAGUCAUCGUCUGUACUCCAGGCCGCAUGAUAGAUCUCCUAGCAGCAAACUCUGGCAGAGUCACCAAUCUACGCCGAGUGACUUAUGUCGUCUUGGACGAAGCAGACCGCAUGUUUGAUAUGGGUUUUGAGCCACAAGUGAUGAAAAUAUUUGCGAAUAUUCGCCCCAACAGACAAACAAUCUUAUUCUCGGCCACUAUGCCACGUAUCAUGGACGCCUUAGCCAAAAAGACGCUUCAAUCACCAGUAGAGAUAACUGUUGGAGGAAGGAGUGUUGUUGCGCCAGAGAUCACCCAAAUUGUGGAAGUUAGGGAAGAGAAAGAGAAAUUUCAUCGACUUCUUGAGCUACUAGGAGAGCUUUACGACAAGGAUGACGAUGUCCGUACCCUCAUUUUUGUUGAUCGCCAGGAGAAAGCAGACGAUCUUUUAGCAGACUUGUUGCGGAAAGGCUAUCCUUGCAUGUCUAUCCAUGGAGGAAAGGAUCAAAUUGAUCGAGACUCCACCAUUGACGAUUUCAAGGCUGGAGUAACUCCGAUUAUGAUUGCAACAUCAGUGGCUGCUCGAGGUUUGGAUGUGAAGCAGCUAAAGUUGGUGGUCAAUUUCGAUGCCCCAAAUCACCUGGAAGAUUAUGUCCACAGAGCAGGCCGAACAGGCAGAGCUGGCAAUACAGGUACCGCUGUCACAUUUGUAACUGAAGACCAGGAACAAUACUCGAUUGGCAUAGCGAAAGCUCUAGAGCAGUCCGGUCAAGCAGUCCCAGAACGGCUCAACGAAAUGCGAAAAUCCUUCCGAGACAAGGUCAAGAGCGGCAAAGGGAAAGACAGUUCAGGAUUUGGUGGUAAGGGCUUAGAACGCCUAGAUGCCGAGCGCGAAGCAACAAGAGUCCGUGAACGGAAGACCCACAAGACUGACGGAGAUGAAGAAGAAGAAAAGGACGAUAAAGCAGAAGAUGAUACUGUUCUCAAAGCUGCGUCAACCGUCCAACCAGCAGUAGUAUCUGCUCCAGCACCGCAGUUGAUUGGAGUUCCCAAGGGUAUUGAUCUGGACGGUAAGAUCACGGUGCAUCGUACUGAACCCGCAAAUAUCUCAUCUGGUGGCGGAAGCAAGAAUCCUCUUGAUAAGGUUACAUCUGCUAUUGAUGCCAUCAAUGCUCGACUCAAUAAGACGGGCCAACUGCGGUCGGGAGUACCAAUUGACAACAAAGGACCCGAUGCUGGUGCUUUCCACGCUACUUUGGAAAUCAAUGACUUUCCCCAGAAAGCCAGAUGGGCAGUCACGAAUCGAACCAAUGUUGCCAAGAUCCUGGAAGCAACAGGUACUUCUAUUACCACUAAAGGAAGCUUCUAUCCAGCCGGAAAGGACGUACAGGCUGGAGGUGACCCGAAAUUGUAUAUUCUCGUGGAAGGAGACACUGAAGUCGUGGUUACUAAUGCGAUGAGGGAAUUGAUGAGAUUGCUCAAGGAAGGAACGAUGGCAGCCGCGGACGCGGAAGGUAGGGCGCCUGCAAGUGGUAGAUACAACGUUGUUUAG